CCCUUUCUUAGAUUCCCUUUUCCUGCAAAAGUCAUUGUGAUUUUGAAUACAUUACAUUUCAUGCCUUCGCCAACACAAAUAUUGGUGACACAUGCGUCCAGACAGGCCACCCAACUGGAUUGACACUGUUAAACAGGAUUGCUUUUAUGGGAUUUGCUCAUUAUCGUCAACAAGGUCAUCUGAACUACUGGCAGUAUUUUGAUAGCUCUUUUCUAGACAGCAGCUUCUGCAUUGUCAUCUGACAUGUGAUAUACUGUACAGGCAGUUUGGCCUUGGAGUUGUGAUUAGCAAUCACCACCAAUGUCAUGUAGUGACAUUUGCAAGUAGUACCAUCAUCGAAAAUGCAAAUGUGGAUUAAUCUCAUUCAUGUUUGUUCUCGCUGUGUAAUAUACUGAUUGUAUGUUAUUUUUGCAAUAUCACGUACAAAAGGAUGCCCUUGGGCCUCCAUAUACAGUAACUGUAUGGACUUUGUGGUUGUCAUGUCAAAUUGGAAAAUGAUAAUGAAUAAUGCGUAGAUUAGAGUCUGGGGGCAGUACACAAGCAUGGUUACCCUGAGAACAUAAUGCAAGUCGUGAGAGGAGGCAGUGAUGCAUCCCCAUGUAUUCCUCACACCAAACAAAGCCGGACCGCGUCGAGGCGUCACAUCCAAACAAGCUUUAUAGAUCAGCUAGUCUUUGCAUUUGUCUAGGCAGUUAGCUACAUGUUUGCGCCGGUCCUUUAAGAGCUUAGCGCACCUUUGCUCUGUUGCCCUGUUUACCUCCAGAUAUGGCCCAUGGUCCGUGAGGAAAUGUGAGCACACCAAUCCCUCUAGGUUGGCAAGUGUCAGGGAAAGACGAUCAGCGGGGAGGCGGGGAUGUCUCAAAUACUUUACAACGUCAUGUAGAGUUCACACCUCCCAUUUUAAGCCGGAGUUAGGGUAGAAGGCAACAGGGCAGGCAAUUAGGGUCAGAGAGACAGUCCCACAGAGGAAGAGAGAGAAGCUUCAUGAACAUAAGCAACUAGUCUGGCAAGAGUAGAACAUUUGAAAAAAAAGCCUAACCUGACACUGACUGCACAGGCUGGCCAGAGGAAGCCUUCCACCAACAAGAACAUCAAGAAGCUGUGCACCAUCUGCAUGGUGUCCAGCCUGACCCGGAGCUGGCAGAACUGGGUGUCCGAGGUCAAGGACAAGCAGGCCAAGGAGCCAGUUGGCUGGGCUCCUGACGCCCUAAGAGAGCUUUGGGACGAACCACCAAAGACGCCAAGCACCACUAAAUUAGGAACUUGGGAGAAGAGGGUUUGUCCCAGUCAGGAUCUCACCACUGGAACCAACCUACCUGCUGAUCAGAACAACCCUUCAGCUGACCAGCAGGAGUCCCAAGGCAGCUCUCCUCCUUCCCAAUCGGUGGAUCAAAGGAAGACUCUGCUAGUGCUUCAAGGGGAGUCCCGGAUCCAGACCAAGCAGGUGGUGAAGACUGUGGCCAGCGGCAUUCAGGAGAGGAGUGUGGGCAUUACAUUUCUGACCGAGCGGAUUUGUAAGGAGGCUCCACCACCAGGGGAGAAGAUAGACAGGAUGCUGAGCAAGAGGGUGUCGCCCACACUCCGCAGAAAGUGCUCCAAUGUGUUGGAGCUGACCUGCAGCUGGAAGGAGAAGGAGCGGAAUGUUCCGUCAGAGGGAGAAUUUGGAGAUGGGCGCACCUGUAGCGUGGACACAGAGGAUAGUCGGUACUCUGAGGCAGAGGAAAGGGCCCUUGAGGCGGAGAGCGGCCAAGGUAAACCUGGACAGACAGACAGCUCUAAACCAGGACAGAUAGACAGCACUGAACCUGGACAGACAAACAGCACUGAAGCUGGACAGACAGACAGCUCUAAACCUGGACAGACAGACACCUCUAAACCUGUAAAGACAGAUAGCACUGGGUCAUCCAGGGAGGCCAAGCAGAGGGACAAUGACAGCGUCUCACCGAAAGAGAAAAUUGAGUCAUGGGUGAGGGUCAAAAUACCCUCCAUCUCAGUGGGCAGAAAGGAGUUGGAUGACGCCAACAGGAUCAAUGCUCUCUCAAGGAAGUACAGUGCUGUGGGCAAUCUGAAGAGCCGCUGGCAGAACUGGUCCUCGAUGCACACCGUCAACCAGAAGCUCAACCCCUUCAGUGAUGACUUUGACUAUGAAUACUCCAUGUCCCUACGCCUCCGCAAGGGCGAGGAGGGUUACGGACGCCCCAAAGAAGGCACGAAAACAGCCGAACGGGCCAGGCGAGCCGAGCAACACAUCCACGGUGAGAUAGCCGACAUGUGCUAUGUGAUCAGGACUAUGAAUGACCCAGAUCCCGACGGGAAGACCCGCGUCACUUUCAGAGAACUGUUUGAUAGAUACGUACGCAUCUCUGACAAGGUGGUGGGGAUUCUUCUGAGAGCCAGGAGGCAUGGGAAGGUGGCGUUCAAGGGGGAGAUGCUGUGGCAAGGGCAGGAUGAUGGUGUUAUCAUCACCCUGUUGGUGUGACGUCAUCUGAGGUGGAACCAUACAGAACUAAGGAGACAUAAGUCCUUUUUAACAUUGAAUGAUUAUGCACUGAUAGAUUUGGAUUUGUUUCUCAACAGGAACUUAGACAAUUUGCUGCUAUGUUUUACUGAAGAUUUGAUAUCAGUAUCUAACUCAAUAUUGUAUGUUAUUUUGUUGCUUACAGCUGCGGUGUAUUUAUUUCCUGUGGGCACCAGAGGUAAUGCUUGAACUUGAUUGAUUUGUGUUGGAUUAAAGCUUUUUACUAGCUUUCAAA